GGCGGUUGCUGCUAGGCUUCUACCUUCUCGUUCCAGCUGUUUCAGCCGGCGUCAUGGCGACUGUGUCGGAGCUGAAAGCCGUUCUGACAGACACACUGGAUAAAAAAGGAGUGCUGGGACAGCUGAAGGCCCGGGUGCGAGCGGAGGUGUUUGCAGCUUUGGAUGAUCAGAGUGAUCCUCGGCCUGCGCUGUCACAUGAAAAUCUAAUAAUUAAUGAAAUGAUCAGAGAGUAUCUGGAGUUCAACAAAUAUAGAUAUACGUCCUCGGUUCUGACAGCAGAAACUGGAUUAUCUGAUAUUCCACUGGAUCGUUCUUUUCUAGCGAGAGAGCUGAACCUUGUUGAAGAUUUGAGUGCUCAGUCAGUACCAAUCCUGUAUGGACUGCUGGCUCACUUCUUACAUGGACACAAAGAGAUGCCUUGUCCUUCAGCGCUGAAACAGCCCUCGGAAAGAUCUUCACAGAGGCACCUGGAAUGUUCUGCAGACAGAACUGCAAAAGGUACUUCUUUAGAACCUACAGAUAUGAUACAGGCAGGCCCUUCAGGUUCAUACCUAUUCCAGGGCUCUCACAUAUAAUGGUCUGUUAUUUAUGGGCCCAUUUGCACGUGCUGAUAGAACGGGCAGUGAUCAGGAAUGAGAUGCGUCCAUUACUACAAUGGCUCAUGUCUAUACAGUUUUCAUUGUUUGUCGGCAGCACGUUGUUUACACAGGAUAUGCCGCCCACAAAUGUGGAUUUUUGGUGCCAUAUGAAAGAUACGAUCACCGGACACAUGAGCGUUUCCUCAUUUGUCCGUGACAUCUUUACAAACAGAAAUUAGUGGGAAGGAAUGUUCGUGCAAACAUUGGUUUCUGAUAGCUGACCCUAUGCUAAGCCUGUGAAAAAGGGCACUUUAGUUGGACUGAAUCAUUCUAAAAGUAUACAGCAGUGCAAAGAGCUAAAUGAUGCAUGCAGCAAUAAAAUACCAGUUAAACAGCAUUGCUUUAAAAAAACAUUGGUUUUCAGCUUGUAAAGUUGAAGAUUUUGGCCUAUCCUAGAGCUACAUUAAAGGGGUUAUCCAAUUUCUAUAAUGCCCCUCACAGAUGUUGUACUUAAGUCGAUCCCCGCACCCGCUUCGCUUCACAUAUCGACACGGCCA